CCGCGCCCGCGUCGUCGCCCCCCCGAUCCUUGUAUAGUCGCCAUGAGCUUUCCUUGCCGGUGAACUGCGGCUUACCCGGAGGAGGAAGAAGGCACUGCGGCCUGUGGAAGAGGACAGGCCAGGGGGGGUCCGGUCGACAGGUUCCCGAACCGGGCGGGUAUGGCCGCGGCGCAGGUCGGCGCUAGUGGCCGCGGCAUGCAGCCGUGCGUCCCCGCCACGUGGUGCGGCGUGCCCGCCGCCCGGCCAUGUGCGCGCGGUGUCCUUUUCCACUGCCCGCGGUGGCUAGGCUGCCUGCACCUACUGCCCCUCACGGCCCUCCCUACCCGGAUGGGCCUCGCCCCGGGGGCACGGCGCGCUCUCUCCCUCCCUCCAAUGGCCCUCGCCGUGAGGCUGAGCACCUGGCGCGGCCGCGGACGACAGGUCGACAGCGACGCACGCAGACCUGACCUGAUGCGUCAGGCAGGCAGGCACGGCUCGACCUGACCUGAUAAAUCUUCCACUCACGGCCAGGGAAUAGUGCUACUCCCAACAGAUAACACUAGACGACGAUGCGGCUUUCAUUCCCUUCCAAAAAUAUAUAUGGAGCAAGCAGAGCUGGCCGUAGAAAGGCAGGGGAGGUGAGUCAGCUCGCAUCGCGAUCCUAGUAUAAAAAGGCAGGCAGCCGCGGCCGCUCCGGCCGGCGCUCGUCCCGGAUUUCCAUGCCCGCGAGCUGUUGACUCGCUGCCUCCUGCCAACGACGACGACGACUCCGGCCCACUUGUUUGUCCUCCGUCGCCCGCACAUCCCGUGCACCGAGGCCGACCGCACGUACACCCACGCGCCCCAAACUAGUCGGGGCCGGCGCGGAACCAGCGAUCUCUGUCCAGCCACUGCCCGUCCCCUUCACUCACUGGUGACCGCCUGCCUGCACACGGCUCGCCAUGGCCGUUGCGAGGCUGGUGGCGGCGGCGGCGGCGGCUCCAUUCCCGGUCGCCGCCUCGCGCCUCCGGGCCCCCCGGCUGGCCGCGUCGGUGUCCCGCGCGGCGCCGCGGCUGGUGGUGCUCGCGCCCCUCCCGGUGCGCCCGCGCGCGCGCGUCGGGGCGGACGACGAGGCCGUCGUCGCCGGCGAGGCGGCGGACGGUGGCGAAGGCGAGGCCACGCGGCGAGCGGUGUCGGAGCGCGCGGCGCGGAAGCAGUCGGAGCGGCGGACGUACCUGGUGGCGGCGGUGAUGUCCAGCCUCGGGAUCACGUCCAUGGCCGCCGCCGCCGUCUACUACCGCUUCGCCUGGCAAAUGGAGGGUGGCGAGAUCCCGGUGACGGAAAUGGUGGGCACCUUCGCGCUUUCGGUGGGCGCCGCGGUCGGAAUGGAAUUCUGGGCGCGGUGGGCGCACCGGGCGCUGUGGCACGCGUCGCUGUGGCACAUGCACGAGUCCCACCAUCGCCCCCACGACGGGCCCUUCGAGCUCAACGACGUCUUCGCCAUCGUCAACGCCGUGCCGGCCAUGUCGCUCCUGGCCUACGGCUUCUUCAACCGCGGCCUCGUCCCCGGCCUCUGCUUCGGCGCGGGCCUGGGGAUCACGCUGUUCGGGAUGGCGUACAUGUUCGUGCACGACGGCCUCGUCCACCGCCGCUUCCCCGUGGGGCCCAUCGAGAACGUGCCCUACUUCCGGCGUGUCGCCGCCGCCCAUCAGGUCAUGUCCGGCCCUAUUCACCACAUGGACAAGUUCCAGGGCGUGCCCUACGGCCUGUUCCUCGGCCCCAAGGAGCUGAAGGAGGUGGGAGGGACUGAGGAGCUGGAGAAGGAGAUCAAGAAGAGGAUCAAGAGGAAAGGGACCUCAGAUGCCAUGCAAUAAGAGGCAAGAGCUGCCUGCCUGCUAUACACCUGAAGCAGCGCAUUCCGCUGUUUUUUUUUUUGCAUCUUCUGCUUUCACAUUAGAUCUUUUCACAUCUUCUAGUGCUUUGAUGUAGUAAUGUAGCCCUGCCCUUAUACAUACCAUCUUCUAGCGCGCGCGCGCGUGUGUCUCCUUCCUGUCCUGUCAUUAGCAAUAGCAGAGCAGAGGAAUAAUUUAGUUACAGGUGGCAGCUCGUGCGUGAUUGGGAUGGGACGGACGGUGGAGCACAAGCAUACUGCCCGUGCUACUGCUAGGGUUGAUUCAUGCUUACCUCGGCUAAUGCUGACAGCGAGUGUAGUAGUCCUCUGUAUCUGUAUGGAUUGUACAGCGAUGUCGCGCCGCUGACAGUGGCCCUCCUUUGCUAUACACUGGAAAAUUCUCGCGCUGGCAUUCA